AUGUCGACUGAAGUACCGGAUGAAGUUGAUACUGAUGAAAUUGAACUUCUUACAAAUGUUGAUUUCCCUCAAAUAUUUGAUAGUGAUGAUGAUGCUUAUAAUUUUUACUCUUCGUUUGCACAAAGAAGUGGUUUCUCAAUUAGACGUCAUCACGUUUAUAGAAACACUACUGAUGAGGGAAAUCCACAAACAGUUUACAAAAGAGAGUUCGUUUGCCAUCGAUCCGGGGUUUCUAAACCAGUCAAAGUUAAUGAACUGGAAAGUCAAAGGAAACGGAAAGCUUCAAGGUGUAGUUGGAACACAUUAUUUGGGCAUUUGAAUUUCCUAGCUUUUGUCAAAGGAAAGAAUCCACAAACAAUUCUUACAGAUCAAGAUCCCUCGCUUAAAGAAGCUAUUGCAAAUGAAUUUCCGAACACAAAACAUGCAUUUUGCAUAUGGCACAUCUUGGCAAAGUUGCCAAGUUGGUUUUCGUUUGUAUUAGGUGCAAGAUAUAAUGACUUUAAAUCUGAGUUUUUCAAGGUGUACCAUUUAGAUUGUGAAGAUGAUUUUGAACAAUAUUGGAAAUCCAUGGUUGCACAAUUUGGUCUAAGUAACGAUAUACAUAUUAAAUUGUUGUAUUCUCUUCGCCAACGAUGGGCUCUACCUUAUUUGAAGGACUUUUUUUUUGCUGGGAUGACAACAACUGGACGUUCGGAAUCGAUAAAUUCAUAUAUAAAACACUUCUUGGAUGCCAAAACAAGUUUGACUGAUUUUAUUACUAGGGUUGGUGUUGCUGUCCAAAUUAGGAAUCAAGUUGGAGAGGAAGCAAGAAUGCGUCAAAAGUAUCAUAAUCAUCUACUUAAAACAAGUUUUCCAAUGGAGGAACAUGUUGCAUCUAUACUCACACCUUAUGCUUUUGGGUUGAUUCAAAUUGAGAUUGAGUUAUCUACAAAAUACGCUGCAACUGAAACAAACAGUGGCUCUUUUAUUGUGAAGCAUCACACCAAAGAUGAUGGAGGUCGUCUUGUAACUUGGAUAGAAGGUCAAGAAUCAAUUCGUUGCUCUUGUAAGGAAUUUGAGUUUUCUGGAAUAUUGUGCAGGCAUGCUAUUCGAGUGCUUCUAAUGAAAAAUUAUUUUCACAUACCUUCAAAGUAUCUUCCUUUUCGAUGGAGACGUGAAAGUUCAUUGAUCCCAAGAUCUAGGCACAUAGUAAACAACAAUGAUGUCUCCUCUUCUGAGUUUCAUUCUCUGAUUCAAUGUCUUGAAUAUGAAUCUUUAAAAACAAAAGAACGGAAACAAAUUGCUACUAAAGGGUUGGAGGAUCUUAUCCGAGAGAUAAAAGGAAUGUCCGAAAGUCAUGAAGAUCAAAUUGGUUUGGAAGUUGUUCCAAAUAAUGAUGAAUGUGAUGUUGGAAUUCCAGUUAGAACUAGAAGCAAAGGUCGACCAAAAGGUUCAAAGGCAAAAGUAGUAGUUGAAGUUGUUUCAAAUAAUGAUGAAUGUGAUGUUGGAAAUCCAGUUAGAACCAAAAGCAAAGGUCGACCAAAACGAUCAAGGCCAAAAGGAGGAGUUGAAGCUGCAACCAAGAUUCGCCAUUGUCUUUUUCCGAAUUGUGGUGCAACCGGCCAUGACACACGGAAUUGUCCAAACAAAAGGAAACAUAAUGACAUGUUGCCUAAUGAAUCACCUAAUGUGUUCAAAAAGGGCUGGAGAAAUUCAUCUAAUUAAUAGUCAAAAAAGGCUUCGAGGAUGUAAUGGAUAAAAGUGAUGAUAGUAAUUCAACAGAGAUGUGUUUCAUGUUUUCUGGUGUGGUUUUAGUAGUGGGAGUAGUAGCUAUAAUACAAUGAUAUAGUGUUGACUAUAUCAUUGGAUAAAAGUACUAAGUUGCUUUUCAUUAACUAGUCUUAUAGUUCUCUUUAAUUGAUGUAAUGAGAUGUUAAAGUUUGUUUUAUUGGUAUCAUAAUAUGUUCAAGUGUUA